AUGCGCGGCAGUUUACGUAAACAAUUGACAUGUCUGUCUAUUCCGACUAUCGCGGAUUUGAUACCAUCCGAUAUCUUUCCGCGAGACACCAUAAAAAUACCCGCGAACAUCAAGUUGGCGGAUCCGGAUUUCCAUUUACCGCGUCCAGUCGACCUUUUAAUCGGUUCCGGAUCGACAUUGUCGUUAUUCUCCGUGGGUCAAAUUAACUUAUCACAUAAUGCUCAUGAUCUGUAUUUACAAAAGACGCGAUUGGGUUGGAUGAUUGCGGGUAGCGCAUCAGAACAAACUUCUUCCAAAUCUAUAUCGUGUGGCCUGACCAAUUUAGAAAAACAACUAACGAAAUUUUGGACAAUCGAAGAGGUCACUAUUGACCAACCGAAAUCAUAUGAAGAGAUCGAAUGCGAAUCACAUUUCGUAAAAAAUGUAUGUCGCGAUAACGACGGCCGUUACAUAGUCCGACUUCCGUUUCGCGAACCAAGCAAACGUCUCGGUGAGUCAUAUGACAUUGCUCUCAAAAGGUUGCUAUCUCUAGAACGUAAAUUUAACAAAAACGCGACUUUGGGCGCUGAGUACGCGCGAGUCAUCGACGAAUAUUUAGAGCUGGGUCAUAUGUCUCGAAUAGACCAUACCGGAGAUGGAUUUUACAUGCCUCACCACGCUGUAAUAAAGGACUCGAGUCAUACCACUAAGGUCCGAAUAGUCUUCGACGCAUCUGCGAAAUCAUCUAACGGAAUAUCGCUAAAUGAUAUCUUAAUGGUAGGGCCCACAAUGCAAAGUAAAUUGUUCGCACAUUUAAUUCGGUUUCGUUCAUAUAAUUAUGUGAUAACGGUGGAUAUCGAAAAAAUGUAUCGUCAAGUACUAUUGCAUGAAGACGAUCGGCAAUAUCAGCGAAUUCUAUGGCGGAAGGAUGACAAGAUAGUGACGUUUCAAUUAAAUACGCUCACAUUCGGCGUUGCUUCUUCACCAUUCCUCGCCAUUCGCACUUUAAAACAACUGGCGGACGAUGAGCGACAAGAGUUUCCCAGAGCGGCCGAAAUUCUUAAGAAUCAUGUAUACGUAGAUGAUUUAUUGAGUGGCCUUCACUUGGACACA